AUGGCUACCGACGAUGAUAACUUCGACAUUGACAUCUACGGCGAUGGAACUUACAACGCCAAUGAGCCUGGCGAGUUCAAGCAGGAGGAUUCUGAGCUCGUCCUAGACGAGGCCGAGAAUCAGCCCGACUCUGGCACUGGAUCUUCUAACACUGUCAAACAGGAGAACCCUGCUGCCACUCAGAACCAGCAGCUGAACAACAACGGAGCUCCAGCUGUCCCCCAGCAGCAAGCACCCAACCACGGUCUGCCUGCCCCCCCUCAGGGAGUCAAGCGAAAGGAGUACGAGGACCAAUCCGUGGAUCCCGGUGCUACCACUGCAUUGCUUAUUUCGGAUCUAUCCUGGUGGACCACCGAUGAUGAGAUUCGAGGCUGGGUUAACCAGGCCGGAGUUGAGAACCAGUUGAAGGAUGUGACCUUCAGCGAGCACAAAGUGAACGGCAAGAGCAAGGGUCAAGCAUUCGUUGAGUUCACUACCGCCCAUGCAGCGACCGCAACUAAACACAGUAUUGAAAGGAAUGGUGGUCCCACCCGCAAGCACACCGUGCAGUACACCCUCGCACACCAGAACCCGUUUAAGACACUUCCUAAGGAUACCCCGGCGCGUAACGGUGGCGGUCGCGGCGGCGGCGCACCCCACAACGCCGGUAACAACCCUAACUUCGGCAUGAACAACCACGCCGGCGGCGGAUUCCGCGGCCGAGGCGGCUUCAACCGCGGCGGCAUGGGCGGCAACAUGAACAAUAACUUUAACAACCGCAACAACUUCAACCCCAUGGGUGGAUUCCAAGGCGCUCACAACCCCAUGAUGGGUGGCUUCCAGGGUGCCCCGAUGGGCGGCAUGCAGAACUUUGGAUUCAACAAUCGCGGCAACAUGAUGGGUGGUGGUAUGCGAGGUGGUAUGCGAGGUGGUCGUGGUGGGAAUGCAAUGGGCGGUGGCCCCAACAUGAUGGGUAUGCCUACUAUGACUCCCCCCAUGGGUGGCAUGGGCAUGAACCCGAUGGGUGGUAUGAAUCCAAUGAUGGGCGGCGGCAUGCCUGGUGGCAUGGGAGGCAACAUGCCGAUGCAAGGACCACAAGGUUUCCAAGGCCCCAACCCCGGAUUCAAUCAGGGCUACUUCAACCCCAACAAUCCCAAUAAUACCAACAAUCAGGGCCCUACCUCCGACGGAGGUUCCUGGAACCCCCACGGCGCGAAGCGCAGCCGUCAAGACUAA